AUGGAAGAAAGCUCCAGUUCUCCUGUUUCCCCUGUGGAUAGCUUGGGGACCAGUGAAGAGGAGCUGGAAAGGCAGCCAAAGAGAUUUGGCAGGAAGAGAAGAUACAGUAAGAAGUCCAGCGAAGAUGGCAGCCCCAACCCAGGGAAGAGGGGGAAAAAGUCCAGUCCCAGCUCCCAAUCUUACGAAGAACUGCAGAGCCAGAGGAUCCUGGCCAACGUCAGAGAGCGGCAGAGGACUCAGUCGCUCAACGAAGCUUUUGCCGCCCUGAGGAAAAUCAUCCCCACGCUGCCCUCUGACAAACUGAGUAAAAUCCAGACGCUCAAGCUGGCGGCUCGGUACAUAGACUUCCUCUACCAGGUGCUACAGAGCGACGAGAUGGACAGUAAGAUGACGAGCUGCAGUUACGUGGCUCACGAGAGGCUCAGUUAUGCCUUCUCCGUGUGGAGGAUGGAGGGAGCGUGGUCCAUGUCGGCCUCCCACUAGCCACCGCCCGGGCCGGGCCAGCCCAAGGGACUGUCCAGUGUCUGCGACUGAAGUGGAAUUGGGAUAUAUCCAAGUUUGUAGCUUCUGAAACCUUAAAAACCUCAAG